AUGACUUGGCCCGACGUCCCCGUUGCCGCCGCGAAUGGCAUCUCCUACUUCACACCUGCGCAGAGCCCGCCUGCUGGUACGGCGCGCAACCCGCAAACCAGCGGCAAGGCCAUCCCCAAAUUGUUCCAGCCUCUGACCAUUCGAGGCCACACUUUCCAAAACCGUCUGGGUGUCGCGCCCAUGUGCCAAUACAGUGCUGAAGAUGGCCACAUGACCCCCUGGCACAUUGCCCACUACGGUGGUAUCGCUCAGCGCGGUCCCGGAAUGAUCAUCAUUGAAGCCACUGGUGUCGUACCCGAGGGCCGUAUCACUCCCGGCUGCGUGGGUCUGUGGAAGGAUUCCCAAAUUGCGCCGCUCAAGCAGGUCGUGGAGUUUGCCCACAGCCAGGGCCAGAAAAUUGGUAUUCAAUUGGCUCAUGCGGGUCGUAAGGCCUCGACGGUUCCCCCUUGGUUGGGUGGUGUCACGGCCACCAACGCCGUUGGCGGCUGGGUUGACAACGUCAAGGCCCCCAGUGCCAUUCCCUUCGCGAAGGGUGAUAUCAUUCCCAAGGAGAUGACCAAGGAGGAUAUCCAAGAGGUUAAGGAGGCUUGGGUUGCCGCUGUUAAGCGCGCUCUGGCUGCCGGCGUUGACUUUAUCGAGAUUCACAAUGCCCACGGCUACCUGCUCUCCUCUUUCCUGAGCCCCUCAUCUAACCAGCGCACCGACGAGUAUGGUGGCAGCUUUGAGAACCGCAUCCGUCUCCCGCUGGAGAUUGCCCAGCUCACUCGCGACACCGUUGGUGAGAAUGUGCCCGUCUUCCUGCGCGUCUCUGCUACCGACUGGCUGGAGAACAGCUUGCCUGAGGAGCAGGGCUGGAAGUUGGAGGAUACGGUCGAAUUCUCGCGUGCUCUCGCCGAGCAGGGUGCUAUCGAUCUGAUUGAUAUUAGUACCGGUGGUGUUCAUGCUGCUCAGAAGGUCACCUCGGGAGUUGGCUUCCAGGUUCCUUUCGCCACCGCCGUUAAGAAGGCCGUCGGCGACAAGAUCCUCGUGUCGGCUGUGGGUACCAUCAACAGCGGGGUCUUGGCCGAAAAGAUCAUGAACGAGGAUGACAUCGACGUUAUCCUGGUUGGCCGUGCCUUCCAGCGUGACAGCGGUCUGGCCUGGGCCUUUGCUAAGGAUUUGGAUGUUGAGAUUGCCAUGGCUGCCCAGAUUCGCUGGGGCUUCACCAGCUUCCGCAAUGCAUCCGAGUACAUCCAGCCCAACUCGAUGAAGGCUUCCAUUUUUGACUAG